GAGAGGGGAUCACACUUUUACAUUAUAUGGCGACAUAAACCCUGAGACGGCACGAAUAUGAUUGGCAUAAGGGUGGCAUGCAUUUUACCGCUUCCUUGAUGGUUCGAGGAUGCAUUGUACUGAGUAAAUCACUUAGGCGUACCCAUCCUGCCAGUGGAGCUGCGGUACACGUAGCCCAAGAGGGUUUUUGAAUAGCCUGAUGACAGUUCCGUGCUGAACCCUGGACUGGUGGAAUGCACUUGGUUAUGUUGAUAUAUUGUAAUGGACAUUUGCUUUUUUGGAUUAAUCACUAAAGGAGGUAUUUUGAGUUGUCCUAUUUUCCAUAAACACAUAAGUGGAUGGAUGAAACCUUGUGUCGAUGAAAUAAUUUGAGACAUGGUAUAAGUAUAAAUAUUAGUUGAAAGGGAGAAAAAGGUGGGCUUGGUGGGCUUGAAACCUCAUGGAAGGUAGCUGACUACAUGGAGUGUCGUUCUAUUUGUACUGCAAUGGAACUUUCACGCAUAUCUAAUGGGGGAAUCCAAUUAAAAGAUGAUAGCAUGCAUUACAUUUGCUAGGAGGGUAAUUGUUGGUAGAGUUCUUGUGUCGAUGAAAUAAUUUGAGACAUGGUAUAAAGUAUAAACAUUAAUUGAAAGGGCGAAAAAGGUGGGCUUGGUGGGGUCAUUCUAUUUUAACUGCAAUGGAACUUUCACUCAUUGUUGUGCAUGCCUGGUAUUUUUCUUCCUUGAUAAGAUUGGAGCUUUUGUUGGGAGUCAUAUUGAUUGAUGAACCAAAUUGUUGGAGAAAACCACUCACCAACUAUUCAGUAAAUUUAGCGAGUGGGUUUUAAGGGGCGUGGUGGUAAGGGGCACGAGUUUUAAGCAUGAGCUUUUGGGUUCGAUUCCUGGCCUCCUUACUUUUUUACCACAACAGUUUUUCGAACCUGUAAGAAAAAAGGUUUUGAACUGAUGCAAUCAUGACUUGAACUCACAACCAGAGCACAGAGGUAAUAGAGGAAUGGCACAACCACUGUGCCAGCGAACCAUGAGUUUGGUUUCCUAAAUGAAUCGUAAAUGAUUGUGAUUUAUUGAAGGGAUUAUUCAUGUGUAUAGUCUAUGCUGCCUAAAUGACUCUUAAAUGGUUGUAUUAUUGUGAUUCUUGUGUUCGGUUGAAUGGCUUUUAUGUGUUUGGUUGCCUAAAUGAAUUAUGGUGAUUCAUGUGCGUAGGCAGGCUACUGGAACAUUAUCAUGUCCCAUCUGUCUUUAUAUCUUAGGUUGAGACUUGAGUUAAAACCUUACUGCCAGUAAUAACUCUUGUUAAAGAUAAAAAAAGGAAAUAGAAUCCUAGCAAAUCUAAACAUCCCUUUCCACUCCUAUUGUAGGGAUGGAUACGCAAACUAAUGGGUACUUCACCAAUCUUAUGCAAUCCGGUUCGAAUGAAGAACAAUUUAUGAUGGAGUCACAAUAUUUUAAUCCAAAUGUCCAAGUCGCCACCCAGGAAACUCAAUUUACUACUGCAAUGGGGUCAAUUUUCAAGAAACAACGCAAUGGCAAUUUCACCGUAGAAGAGGAUAAACUCCUCGUGUCAGCGUGGCUUAAUAUAAGCAUGGAUGCAAUUCAAGGUAAUGACCAGAAAGAAACUACUUUCUGGCAACGAGUGAAAGAAUUCAUUCAAGAGAAUGAACCAUUUGAUUCCAAUCGUACUGUGGUCUCUUAAAUGAAUUGGUGGUCAACGAUUCAACUUUGCAAGAACAAGUUUUGCACCUGUUAUGGGAAAAUUGAAGCACUGAAUCAAAGUGGCAUAAACGAGGAACAAAAGGAAACUCAACAAUCAACAACAAGAAUUCAAGUUCGAUCACUGUUGGGUUUUAUUGAAGAACCAACUGAAAUGUUUCUUGGAGUGUAAGAAGAAAAGAAAAGUGAAAAAGCCAAGAAAAGGGCUACCAUUUUGUCCUUCUACUCCAGAUACGGUCAAUCUAGGCGACGACAAUGUUGCAGCAGAUAAUUAUGUGGACUUGGAGCGACCAACAGGCCAAAAAGCCGCAAAGGCUAAGAACGGAGAUUGGGGGUUCGACUCAAAAUUUCCGGGGUAUUGGAUAAGAUAAAAGAAUGCAAAAGCAAGUUGAUUGACAAGAUAUUGGAGAUGCUUGGGAAAACAUAUGAUUAGGAGCAAGAGAAAGUUCGUAUUAAACAAGAAAUGCUUGAAAUGAAACAAUUCGAAGGGGAUGAGAGAGUAAUGAUGAUGGAUCUCAAUUACUUGUCAGAAGAGCAAACGUGGAACCGAAAACUUGUUUUGAACUCUACAAAUGUGAAGUCAACACUCACUUUUUGAUGUCUUCAAAGGAAUAGCUAUAUCUCAGGCUGUGGGGCUUAUCCAUUUUGGCGGUGGUGCUGUGGGGAGGAGCCGCGGCUCAGUCCUCAUCCUCUUAUACGAGUGAGUUGAUUAGCAUGUCGCCGUGCCUUAACUACAUAAUGGGAAACUCUUCGGAACCGUCUUCGAGUUGUUACCAGCAGCUUGCCAGUGUCGAGAAAUCUCAGCUGCAGUGCAUGUGCGCCACGCUGAACGGUGGUGGGUCGUCAAUGGGGAUCAAUGUCAACCAAACUCGGGCUCUGGCCCUUCAUGCUGCUCGCAGUGUUGCGACUCCUCCCAUUAGCCGUUGCAGUGGUUCGAGAGCAAUGAAUGUCUCUUCAAUCCUUAUGUUUGGCGGCAUAUUAAGUUGGGCCCUACAGCUUGGAAUUAAUUGUUGUGUUCUAAUGGGGGCAAACAUUGUUAAUGAGGACACUCCCCGUGGUCCACCCAUCGUCCAAGGCCACAAACUGGUGGCUAUCGAGCAUUUAGCAGUAAGCUUAGAGGAUACUAGAGGUGCUUCGAGUUGAAACAAACUGACACGUUGGCAUUUGAUUUAGGACAAAUUUGGGCAACUACCCAGAUGCUUAAGUGAUGACGAGAACUAACUGAUACUUUUGCAAAGAGAAAAGAAUUUGUUUGAUUACAUACCUCAAGUGAUUACAAGAAUAACAUUAGGAGCUAGGUUAAACUGAACCUGCUAAGUUGAGCCGGUAGACCUAAGAAGGUGAUGAGACGGGAGCCAGAGGAGGAGGGCACAACUGAACCUACUAAAUUGAGCAGGAAAUGAGUCACGAUGACCAGCUCCUUUUGUGGGAAAACAGGACAUAACAAGAGAGGAUGUAAGAAGGGAUCAAAUGAGGGGAGGGUUCAACGAGAGUGAUAAAGAAAAUGUCCCAGCAAGUGCUGCAGAACAUGUCCCAAGAAGUGGUCCAGCGAGUGCACCAUUCAAUUUUACCGACAAAUGCGUUCAAUGUCCCA